AUGACAGCCCAGCCGCUUCCAGACUCCAGCAUAUCCCUUACAUACACCACUCCCGAAUCCCCACCCCAUCUACACCAUGCCCCCCUCCCGGUCCCCGGCCCCAACCAAAUUCUCGUCAAAAUCCAUGCCGCAGCCAUAAAUCCCGUCGACAUUCAGCUCUGGGGCAAUCCGCUGCUGGGGCUGCUCGCCGGACGCCGAGAAAAAGGACUUGGCCGCGACUACGCCGGCACAGUCGCAGGGAUCGGGUCCGCGUUGCGCAAAUCCUCGCAAUGGCAGCUCGGCGAGCGCGUGUUCGGGCUCUGCAAUCGGCCCACAGGUGAGGGCACGUUCGCGGAGUACCUCUGCGUGACGCCCGCGAGCGAGCCUGUGGCGAAGAUGCCGCAGGCGUGGGGCUUUGAGGAGGCCGCUGCUGUGCCGCUAGUUGUGCUUACGGCGUUUGCGUGUCUGGCUUGGUUGCCUGCUGAGACGGAGAGUCCGAAUGGCGCGGCGAGGAGAGUGGUGGUUGGUGGUGCGAGUGGAGGCGUGGGGAUGUGGGUUGUGCAGCUCGCGAAGGUGUACGGGUGCCAUCUUACGGGCGUCUGCUCGGGGAAGAAUGCGGAGUUUGUGAGGGGCUUAGGGGCGGAUGAUGUGGUUGAUUAUAAUAGGCAGGAUGUUGCGGAGACACUUUUGGCCUCGAGGCCCGAGGGUAGGAAGUAUGAUUUGUAUGUUGACUGUGUUGGUGGGACAGAAAUGUUUGAGCAUUGGUAUGAUUUGCUGCAUAAAAAUGCGGCGUAUAUCACGAUUGUGGGGGACAAGACAAGCCGGACUGCGAUGGGUGGGCCGUUCACGUACUUGACGUACCCGUCGCAGAUUUGGAGGCACGUCUAUGGGUUUUUCUUCGGCCCUAGAUACGCGAAUGUGCUUCUGUAUCAGAAGAGUGAGUUGCUGGAGCAGGUUGCGAAGUUGGCAGACGAAAAAGGCGUGCAGAUCGUGGUGCAGGAUGUGGUGAAGGGUAUACUGAGUGAGCCAGGCCACGUUGAUGCUUGGGAUAAGGUCAAGGGGUAUAUGGUAGAAGGGAGGGUGCGCGGGAAGAUUGUUGUCAGCAUCCCAUAA